AAAAAGAAAGCUGAAGAGGCACCAACGACCCAAGAAGCGAUCCAAAAGUUACGAUCAACAGAAGAGUUACUGCAGAAGAAAAGCGACUUUUUGGAAAAGAAAAUCCAAAAUGAGUUAAAUAUAGCGAAGGCAAAUGCUUCUAAAAACAAACGAAGUGCUCUGAAUGCCUUGAAGAGAAAAAAGAGGCUUGAAAAACAGUUGAAUCAAAUUGAUGGGACAUUAUCAACGAUUGAGUUUCAAAGAGAAGCACUAGAGGGAGCGAACACUAACACAGAAGUACUAAAGAAUAUGUCUUAUGCUGCAAAAGCACUCAAAGCUGCCCACCAACAGCUGGAUGUUGAUGAUGUUCAUGAUAUGAUGGAUGACAUUCAGGAGCAAACAGAACUUGCUGAUGAAAUCUCCAGAGCCAUUUCAGAGCCAGUUGGMUUUGGACAAGACAUUGAUGAGGAUGAGCUCAAUGCUGAAUUAGAAGAGUUAGAGCAGGAAGGUUUAGAUGAAGAACUCUUGAAGGUUGGAGGAACAGCUGAUUUACCUAAUGUUCCUGCCACAUCUUUACCAUCGCAACCAGCAAAAGCAAAAGCUAAGAUGACAGAGGAUGAUGACAUGGCAGAAUUGGAGGCCUGGGCUUCAUAAAACUUAACUAGAUAUCAUUAAUCAAAAUUACUUGCSCAGUUUUACUAUGGCAUCACUAUUAUUGUUGAUUGGUUAGAACAGGUUAGACAUGAGAGGUAUGAGAACACAGUAAAUUUGGGUUCAUCUAAUGUAAUACUAUGUAAUAUACUAUCACCAAGUAGUAAGAGACUGGAAGUAAAAAUGUCACACAAUGCAAUCUGUAAGCACCAUCUUGAUGUCACAGUAAAAUGGAGCAAUAAUUGUGUGUUAACUGUUAAUGAUAAGUAUAUAAUAUGAUUAUAGACUCCCCACAAAUUCUGGUUUGAGAGUGCUUCUUUCUUUAAUAAUUAUGUACAUUUAACAUCAAAGAAGCAAGAAGAUUGUUCAUUGUUUCUCUGGAGUCAAGUUUCCUUUACAGAUGUACUUAGUGCCUAUCAUUAAGGGGAGGAAAGCUGCCUUUAUUUCAUUGCUUUAAUAAUAUUAUGUACACUUGACAUGUAGCAAAAGCAAGAAGAUUGUUAAUUGUUUCUCUGGAGUCAAGUCUCCUUUACAGAUGUACUUAGUGCCUAUCUUUAAGGGGAGGAAAGCUGCCUUUCGUAUUUCAUUGCCUUAAUAUUUGGAUAUUUAGAAAGUCAUCUAUWUUGCCAAUUUUUUUUAGCCAAUGAUUUUGAUAAGUAGUUACCUUCACGGUUCCCUUUGCCAUAGUGAAAGGUAGGCGUGCCUUUGAAGGGAGACAACUGUUGAGUGUGCAAUGAUAGAUACCUGUGAAUAAUGGUCUGUAGUUGUGAAAGAAGRUUUCUAUCACCGCACACUUAACGGUUGUCUCGCUUCGAUGUAAAGGCACAGCUACCUUUCAAGAUGAUGGUGGGAACCGUGAAGAAGACUAUUAUAUAUGGAGCUGGUUGUACGAGGGGCCGGAUAAAAUUAUUCACCAGUUAAAGUCAGACCCACUCAUAGUUUUCUAUGGAUUUUAUCUGCUGGAUAAGGAUUUAUGAUGGAUAGUGCUAUCCACCCUUUGUAUAAUUGGCACUUGAAUAAAAAUGUAAAUAAUAAAAACAUUCUAGAAGGAUAAACACAUUAAAUUUGUGAAAUUGUACACAAUCAUAACACCAAAAAUUGGCAUUGAAUCUGCAACAAACUUCCUUCAAAUCACCAGUGUUGAUUAUGAGUUCCAUCUACUUGAUUGCACACACACACACACACACACACAAACUAGAACUAGUUUUAGUACAAUUUCACAGAAAUGUGUUCACUCUUGCAGUCAGGUAAAAUGAUGCAAUUAUCCCAAUGUGCUAUUCUGCUUGGCUUAGAAUAAUUUUGUCAAGUACAAAAGGGUCAGAAAGUGAAUGAGAUCAGUUGUAAUUAGUAUUAAACACUACAAGCAUUUUAAAUGUUAGGAGUGCAGUGUAACCUCCUCCUCAAAAUUUUAUUUAGCCACAUAUUUUUUUUAGUAAUGUUUGUGGGAACUUGUAAUAAUUAUGAUUUGUAGAAUUAUUAUUAUGUUAUGUGUAAUCAAUCUUUCAGUUAAAUGAUACUAGAAUACAAUAAAAUGGAGAUUUUCCAGGAA